GGAGAAAAACUGUUCAGAGAUAUGGGAAGCAUUUAAAAGUGCAUUUAUUAACAAGGAUCCUUGCAGCAUUCUACCUGAGGACUAUGAAUUAUUUAUCAACCUGUCAUUGCACACAAUUCCACCUAACAAGUCUUCUCUCUUCUGGGAAAAUAAUCAUCUGCUAGUCAACAGCUUUGCUGGCAGGGGCCGUCGCUACAUGUCUCUGGCUGAUACUCUGUUUGGCUGCUUUGGAGAUUUUCUAAACUGGUGUGGGCAGGCAAACAGCAUCGAACUGGACUAUGAAUCCUGCCCUACCACGGAGGAAUGUGAAAACAACGCAGUGGAAUCUUUCUGGAGGAUGACCUCAAUCACUUAUGCACAGCACAGUUCUGGGGUGAUACAUGUCUUGUUGAAUGGUUCUGCAGUUGGAGGAGCUUAUCCAGAACCAGG